UCAGGUUUUCCCCUGUUUUGUCAUUUUUCCUCAGUAAAAUAAUUUCCCAUAACUGUGGCAGUUGUUGGACAACAAAAUAAAUUGACGUCAUCUCCCGUGGCCUCGCAUAGGGUCGUUCAAAACGGUUGGCGGCGCUGUGAAGUAAUGACUCCCUUCAAGUUUGUCGUUAAGUGUGGGAACUUUGCUGUGCUGGUGGAUCUCCAUGUUUUGCCCCUGGGAAGCCCAGAGUCCACCAGUUGGUUUUCCACAGACCAAGUUAAGGAGAUUGCAUCUCUAGUUCGAGAUCCUGUGGACCAGAGGGUUAAGCAGUAUGCAGAAUUUCUGCAUAACAGAUGAAGGCCUAAACAGAAGAAGGAGUUGCCGCCUGCUUCAGCAUUUUAUGUGAAAGGGGAAAACUUCAACCUUGUGGCCAAUUUCCUGAGGCAGCACUCCAAGCUCAGAUGUGUCGUUGAGCAGGAUUUGCGUUUGUUUCCUGAGCGAUAUGUCGUGUGUGUGAGCUGCCCAGAAGAUGCCUUGGUCCACCAUGGAAACCUGAGCCUGGCCGUGACUGAGCUGAGUGAGCAAACCAGAUCAGAAUAUUUUUCCAGUGUGGGAGAAAUCCGAGAGCUUUUACACAGCCCGAGAAAAACAAAGACGUCUGUGCUUCAAAAGAUAGCCAAACAAGCCUGUGUCCAACAAGAGAUCUGUGGUUCCAUGACUGAGAUGCAGCAGAUGGACCAGAGAGGCUUUGCAAAAGAACAGGGGUUGGAACAUGAAUCUGGGCAUUCAGAAUCAAGACCAGAGGCCGUGCCCAAGUCUGACCUGAACGCACCCCUGGAGAGAAACCACAAGGUUCCUUGCAGCGAUGCCUUAAUUGAACUUGAGGUUCAGAUAUGCUCUUCUGAAAAGCAGAAACAUGAGGCAGACCAUGAAAUAACACAGAAGACCAGCAAGAGGUACGAGCCCAGUGAUGCUGGGGAAGAUCCUGGCUUACAGCUGGCCAAGAAAACGUGCCUUGGAAGCCCUUCAGCCCCAGUGCAAAUCCACUCUACCUCACAAACAUCCAACCAUAACCUCCCUCCUCUGCUGCCACUUCCUCCAGUCAGAGUGAUGGCAAAGUCCAAGGCUUUCCCUGUCUCCGAGUGCAAGAAAACCACACUGGAAAUAGAGCUGCUUACUCCAGGGAAACAGGCCCAGAGGCUCCUCCUCACAAGCAAUAACACAGCAAAGACAAACCAAAACAGGCCGGCCGCAAGUCUGAGGGGCCUAUCUGUCAAGCCCGCAUCCUCGGGCUCCUCUAUUGGUUCCAGAUCCACGCUCGGAGAGGAGGGGAGUGAAAACGUGCCCAGAACCUCGAGAUUACGACGAACGAAGAGGUCCUGAGAGGGAGAGGAGAGCUGAAGUAAAGAUCCCUGACGCCACGGAGAUAGAGAUUUUAUUCUGUCAGGCUGCAUGUUUGCAGCUCAUGUGGUCUCUUCAGACAACUUUACUUGUUCUCUUUAACAUGUUGUUCUUGUAAGUCGCCUCAAAUGCUAACCGCUCUUUGUCAAUUUAUACUAAAGCAUUUGAGUUUUCCCUUGACAAAAACUUAAAACAGGCCUGUGCCUCUCCCGUUUAGUAGCAGUCAGCCAGAGUGUUCUCCAAAUGAAAGUCAAAAAACCCUUAUUGGAGAAUAGGUUUGGUUUUGCGUUAAAGAUCAGGGGUUUGAGACAGGCAGGAGCCACGCAGUACGUCAUGGCUUUCAGUCUGAAAUGCUGGCUCCUACGCGUCUGAAAAGUGUCCAGUAUCCCCGCUGAAGCUCUGAUGUGAUUGAUGGCAGUUUCCAGACUUAUUUCAUCACCCCAUUCUUAUUUUUGUUUUUUUAAACCUCAGUCAUAUGCAUUUUAUCUACUACAUAGUUCCUGAGCCUCUGAAGACAGUGCAUUGCUUAAAGUUUUCACACCCCGUAAGCCGUUUCCCAUUUUGUCACGUUGCAACCACAAACUUUAAUGCAUUGUGUUGAGAUUUUAUGUGACAGAUAAAUGCAAAAUAGGGCAUAAUUGUGAAAUAGAAGGAAAGUGGUAGUUUUCAAUUUG